GCCGGCCUGAGGAACGUUCCGCAGCAUGGCCAGCCGUGUGGAGCAUCCUGCUGCAGGCUACAAGAAGAUCUUUGAGACGGUGGAGGAGCUGAACGAACCUCUACCUGCUGAGAUCAGUGGUGUUAUACCUUCAUGGCUUGGCGGCAGUCUUCUCAGGAUGGGUCCAGGUCUUUUCGAGGUGGGUGGUGAACCUUACUACCACCUGUUUGAUGGACAAGCUCUCAUGCACAAGUUUGACCUGAAGAACGGUCAGGUGACCUACUACAGGAAGUUCAUCAGGACGGAUGCGUAUGUCCGGGCCAUGACGGAGAAGCGAGUGGUCCUCACUGAGUUUGGAACCGCGGCCUACCCAGACCCCUGCAAAAACAUCUUCUCCAGAUUCUUUACUUACUUCAGAGGAAUCGAGGUGACUGAUAACUGCCUUGUGAACAUCUGUCCAAUCGGUGAGGACUUCUACGCCGUCACAGAGACCAACUACAUCACGAAGGUUGAUCCUGAUUCGCUGGAGACUUUAAAGAAGGUGGACCUGUGUAAGUACCUCUCUGUGAACGGGGUGACUGCCCACCCCCACACCGAUGCAGAUGGGACAGUCUAUAACAUCGGAAAUUGCUUUGGCAAGAACAUGAGUCUGGCUUACAACAUCGUCAAGAUCCCGCCUGCUCAGAAAGAUAAGUCUGAUCCCCUGGAGAAAUCCCAGGUGCUCGUUCAGCUGCCCAGCAGUUCGAGGUUGAAACCCUCCUACGUCCACAGUUUUGGUAUGACAGAGAACCAUUUUGUGUUUGUGGAGCAGCCGGUGAAGAUCAACCUGUUCAAGUUCCUGUCGGCUUGGAGCGUCAGAGGAGCCACAUACAUGGACUGCUUUGAAUCCAACGACAGCAUGGGGACAUGGUUCCACCUGGCCACUAAGGACCCAGCAUAUUACCUGAGCAGCCACAAAUUCAGAACGUCAGCUUUCAAUAUCUUUCACCACAUUAACGCCUACGAGGAGCAGGGCUUCAUCGUGGUCGACCUCUGCACGUGGAAGGGUUACGACUUUGUGUAUAACUACCUGUAUCUGGCCAACAUAAAGGAGGAGUGGGAGGAGGUGAAGAAAGCAGCGAUGAGAGCUCCCCAGCCGGAGGUCAGGCGAUACGUUCUGCCACUGGAUAUACACAGGGAAGAGCAGGGGAAGAAUCUGGUGUCCCUGUCCUACACUACAGCUACUGCGGUUCUUCGCAGUGACGGCACUGUCUGGCUCGAACCUGAAGUCCUCUUUUCUGGACCAAGACAGGCCUUUGAGUUCCCACAGAUUAACUACUCUCUGUGUAGUGGGAAGAAGUAUUCCUUCGCCUACGGUCUCGGGCUCAACCACUUCAUUCCUGACAGGAUAGUCAAGCUGAACGUACAGACCAAAGAGACCCUGGUGUGGCAGGAAGACGAGUGUUACCCGUCAGAGCCGCUGUUUGUACCAACACCUGGAGCCACCGAGGAGGAUGAUGGUGUGCUGCUGAGCAUUGUGGUGAAGCCGGGUGCCGAGAGACCAGGCUUCCUGCUGGUGCUGGACGCCAUGAAACUGACCGAGCUGGCCAGGGCCAAGGUCAACGCCAUCAUCCCGGUGACCUUCCACGGCAUUUAUAAACCAUGACCCUGACCUGCAUCUCAACCCAGCCUUCGUCAUGACGACAACUGAACAGCUCGUUGAUAUAAACAAUGCCUGCGUAGUUUGCUUCUCACCGUUUAUGUUGCUUCUGUUACAAAACAUGUAUUCCAUUCACAAUGUUUUAUUUCUUAAUUAUAGUUGCACUUAUACACUGUGUAGUUCAUCCUAAAGCAAGAGGUACAAUUAAAUGAAACACAAUAUUUUUGCAGCACGUAAUUUAAAAGCAAUUUGUAUUUUUCUUCUUGUUUUGAAAAAAAAAAUGCUUAUCAACACUGCUACCAGCUGUUUUUGGAGACGAGAUUUGAAGCUUCAUCUGACUUCUGUGGAGAUUAUUUUUCAUACAAAUAUUAUUUUUUUGCUCGAGAAGAGCACUUAAACGGAGCACUUCAGAAAGAGGGUGAACACGGGUAAGUUCAUAGAUAGAAUGAUUAAAAUUAAGUGUUUUUUGAAGACUUCCAAUUUAAAUAUAUGAAUGCCGAUUCAAGUUUAAAAUGAAGCAUUAUUUUUCAAAUUAAUUUCUUGAAAGUAUUUUGAAGAAUAUUAUUUAAAAACAACACGCUAUACAUUCACUCUGCAGCUAUUAUACAAUCACAUUAAUGUUGUUUAAAUGUCCUUGCAAUUAUUGUGAUGUUUGGGUGCGAGCAGCUGAACAGCGCUUCACUUCUGUUGAAACAUGUUCACAAACACAUGCAAAUUUACUGCUGUGACAUUUUUUAUUUCAGAAUUCAUUCAAUACAAAAUAUACAAGGAUUAAUUUACAUUCGCAAUUGCAAGAAGAAGAAAAAACGACACACGGGAAAAAAAUAGGAUUCACAUUGAAGAUCUGUAAAAGGAUAACAAAUAUAACCAUUCAAGCCAGAUCUCUCCUGAACUGGGAUGAGGCUCCAACACACCACUGGGCUGCCGAAUAUAACACCCACACAACAACAAACUCAUCGACAGCACUAGCCAUUUGCCAGCAGAAGAAAUCUAACAACGACAUAAUAAUGAGAAUCGUUCACAUGUGUUGUAGCACUGGGUGACCUUCUGCAGGUCAAGGUCAAACCUACCAGCGAGAAUCUCUAAAAUACCAACAUGAUGAGGCACUUUUGCAGGAUUAACCAGUUCCUAAGAACUAGAGUGACUUAGUGCAAAUACAUUUCCAUCACGAUACAGCCGUACAAAACACUAUUAAAGAGGCACCCUAAUAAGGGCAUGGCCAGUAGAAGGAGUUAGUAGUUGAGAUAAAAACACUCAAAACUUUUCAACUUCAAACAAUGUAUUUUUCCAGGUCUUUGUUGCCUCUUAGAUUAAUGUCCUCUCUUGGCAGGUUUGUUAUGAUGGCUUAUUCUUUACAUUUGGGAAUAAUGGAUUUAUUAGUGCCCCAUUAAAUCAUGUCACAGAUCAGCA